AUGGAUAAAGGAAGCCCUGAAGUCAAUCCUAACACACCUACAUUGACCAUCAAGAAGGAAGAAAAACACCCAAAGUCCCACAGGGUCUCCAAAAAUGUGCUGACCUUUUUACUUGAUAGGCAACUGGGGAGGCACAGAAGUGACGUGGAUUUGUCCAGAUGGGUGUGGAUGCUGACAUAA